GCACGUUCUGUUAUAGCGUGGAUGUGAUUUCUGUUACUUAUUAUCGUUCAUACAACUAAGCUUCAAAAUGGGAAAGGCUAAAAAAACAAAAAAAUUCGCCAUGACAAAGCGAUUAAUAAGUCUGAAAGAUUCUCGAAUAAAAAAGGAAGAUCGUGCCGCGAAGAAGAAGAAGAAGAAAGAUCCUCAAAAUAUGUCUAUUAGGGAAUUACCCCAAGCAUCCUCAGCCCUCUUUUUUCAAUAUAACGAUCAAUUGGGGCCACCUUAUCAUAUUUUAUUGGAUACAAAUUUCAUAAAUUUCUCAAUAAAGAAUAAACUUGAUUUAUUUCAAUCAUUAAUGGAUUGUUUAUAUGCUAAAUGUAUACCUUAUGUAACUGAUUGUGUAAUGGCCGAAUUAGAAAAACUUGGAUCAAAAUAUCGCGUAGCAUUAAGGAUAGUUAAAGAUCCUAGAUUCGAAAGAUUACCCUGUUUACAUAAAGGAACGUACGCUGAUGAUUGUCUUGUUCAAAGAGUAAAAGAGCAUAAAUGUUAUAUAGUUGCAACUUGCGAUAAAGAUUUAAAGAGAAGAAUUCGAAAGAUUCCCGGUGUACCAAUAAUGUUUAUACAAGCUCAUCGUUUCUCCAUUGAAAGAAUGCCUGAUGCCUAUGGAGCACCAAGAGUAUAAAUAUUACAAAUACAUUAAAACGUAUAUACUUUUUUUCAUACCCUUGUUUAAUUAACACAAUAGUAUUAAUAAUAAAGGCAACAACAAUAAAAAACAAUUUGCGCUCCGAUCAAAGACUAAAAAGCUAAAUAAAAUUGGAAAAAUUCGUGACAUUCUUGAAGAAAAGGAUAAUAAAGACAGUGAAGAUUAGCCUUAACAUUAAAUAUUUUAAAUAAUAA